CUUCUCUCUCACAUCCGCUCUCUUGCCCUAGACGAAGUGUACCCUGGUGGUCUGUCGGUACCGUUUUUAUUCUUCAAACACCCGCAAAAAAACUCAAACGCAAUCAUGAGCAGGAAAUUCUUCGUUGGUGGAAACUGGAAAAUGAACGGCGACAAGAAAAGCCUCGGGGAGCUCAUCCAGACCCUGAACGGAGCCAAGGUGGACCCCAAUGUCGAGGUGGUGUGCGGUGCUCCAACAAUCUACCUGGACUUUGUCAGGUCCAAGCUCGACGCCAAGUUCGGCGUUGCUGCUCAGAACUGCUACAAAGUUUCCAAGGGAGCCUUCACUGGGGAGAUCAGCCCUGCAAUGAUCAAGGACUGUGGUGUGAACUGGGUGAUCCUGGGACACUCUGAGAGGCGCCACGUCUUCGGAGAGAGCGAUGAGCUCAUUGGUCAGAAGACAGCCCACGCUCUGGAGAGUGGUCUCGGUGUCAUCGCCUGCAUUGGCGAGAAGCUGGACGAGAGGGAGGGCGGCAUCACCGAGAAGGUCGUCUUUGCUCAGACCAAGGUCAUUGCAGACAAUGUAAAGGACUGGAGCAAGGUUGUGCUUGCUUACGAGCCUGUGUGGGCCAUUGGCACCGGCAAGACUGCUUCCCCACAGCAGGCCCAGGAAGUUCAUGAGAAACUGAGGGAGUGGCUGAAGACCAACGUGUCUGAGGCUGUAGCCAGCUCUGUGAGGAUCAUCUAUGGAGGUUCUGUGACCGGUGCUACCUGCAAAGAACUCGGCUCCCAGAAGGACGUUGACGGUUUCCUUGUGGGCGGAGCUUCCCUCAAGCCAGAGUUUGUCGAAAUCAUCAACGCCAAGGCAUAAAAAAAACUCAGGCAGCUGCAUUGUGACCAUGUCCAGAUCAGAGGCCAGAUCCAUACAGACGAUCCAUUUCCAUCAUCCCUCACACUCAGCACUUCCUCUUCCCCCUUUUAUUCAAAGUAUCUGUAAUAAUGUCAUUCCCUCCUUUUCCUUUAUAUAUAUUUUUUUGGUAUAUUUUUUUUCAUGAAGAAAAGGGACAGGUUGACACAUGCACUGAAACGAGUUAAGUCCACUGAGAAUGUGUGCAUACUAACUUCCACACCAAGUGCUCAAGCUGUAAAGAUUGACAAUUACACCUUGAGGUGGACCGCACGUCCACGCCUUUACUUGAAGUUUACGAACUUUUUUUUUUUUUGUAAACAGUCACAGCUGGUGUCAAGCCGAUUUAUUUUGUUUAAAAUCGGUCUCGUGUGUGUUGUGAGGUUCUGUGGGUUUUGCCUCCCUGUCGACGUGCAUGAACCACUCUCUCUCAUUGGCUGUUUUGCCACGAGAGAAGUGUCCAUUACGUGUUUAUCCUAUUGUGUGUCAUGGCUGAUGGGUAUGGAGGGUGGGAAGGCUGUAAAGAAACAUUGUAAUAAACGGUUCAGAGACUG